CAUUAAGCCAGUCCUCAAACCUGUCUAUUUGACACUACAUAGUUUACCUAUAUGAUGUGAUAACAUCAUGGAUCGUCUGCUGAAGAGAUGUCGAAUCAAGAGCAGCUUGCUCAGAGAGUGUUUGGCUGAAUGUUUUGGAGUCUAUGUUGUAAUACUCUUUGGCUGUGGAUCUGUUGCUCAGGUGACAACAUCUCAAAACACUAAAGGUGAAUACCUGUCAAUCAAUCUCGGAUUUGCAUUGGGCACCGUUUUUGGGAUCUAUGUGGCAAAAGGGGUAUCAGGAGCUCAUCUGAACCCAGCUGUGUCUCUGAGUCUGUGUUUCCUGGGCAGAUUCUCCUGGACAAGACUUCCAUUCUAUGUGUUUUCACAGAUUUUGGGUUCAUUUCUGGCUGCAGCGACUGUUGCUCUUCAGUACUACGAUGCUAUAAUGCAUUUCAGUGGAGGACAUCUCACAGUUGAUGGUGCCACAGCCACGGCAGGCAUCUUCUCAACCUACCCAGCAGACUACCUGAGUUUAUGGGGUGGAGUAGUAGACCAGAUAAUUGGCACAGCGUCUCUUCUGGUGUGUGUUCUUGCACUGGGAGAUCCUAAUAACACACCAGCACCUGCCGGGCUAGAACCUGUCCUGGUUGGAGCAGUUGUCAUGACGAUUGGAGUCUCGAUGGGGUCUAACUCUGGAUAUGCCAUUAACCCAGCACGAGACUUCGGACCAAGACUCUUCUCCUACAUUGCUGGCUGGGGUGAUGAGGUCUUCAGGGCUGGAAACGGGUGGUGGUGGAUACCCUUGGUGGCGACGUGUAUAGGUGGUCUUAUUGGCUCAUUGCUUUACGAGCUGCUGAUUGGAGUGCAUCAUUCAAACAGAGAUACUGAACACCAUACAACAGAAAUCCAAACUCUGGAAAUGGAUGGUACAGAUGUGAAAAUUGACACUAUUAAAACCAACAAGACUGGAAAUGGUGUAUGAAAGACUUUAGCAUGAAUAUUUCAUUAGGAAUUGUAUUUGCAUUCAACAUUUGCCAUCAUUGCUACAUAUUUUGCAGUUUUGACUAGAAGGUAUACAGCACACAGCAAAAUCUCAGGAAACGUUGAAUUUAGGGUUAGGCUUGGGAUUAGAAAAACAGCGCUUAUCCGAUGAGAUUUCGGGAUUUGCUGUAUCCCUUCUAGCAACAACCUUGACUAAUGCUGGGGUAUUCCCAGAAUGCACUGGGGCAUGACUAAUUACUGCGUAUGUACUGACAGAAUGAAACAGAAAGGACACAGUUUUCUGUACCGUACCAAUUUACUGUUUUAUUUAUUUAGAAAGAAGGGCAAGAGAAAAGACACAGAACGUACGGCAGUGAAACAGGCAGUUCAUCACAGAAUAGAAGAUGGCCGUCUAGUGACUAUGUAUGGAACAUUUACAUAUAUUACUGGAGGGAUAUAAAUUCACACUCACACGUUUGAUCCACAUGAUCACAAUAUUUUU